GGGGCCCUGCGCCGCGCCGCCGCCGCCGCCGUCCCCGCGCCUGCCCUGGCGCUGCUGGCGGUGGGAGGCCGGCUGCUGACGGCGGCGAGGCAGCGGGCGCUGGCGGAGGACGGGAGGCUGUGCGCCAGCGACCUCCACCUGCUGCUCAACCUGCUGGCGGUGGGCGCCGGCGCGGGCGAGGUGUGGACGCCGGUGUGCCUGCCCCGCUUCAACCCCGACGGCUACUUCUACGCCUACGCGGCGGCGCUGGCCGAGGAGGAGGAGGAGGGCGCCGGGGCCGUGACCCUCAUCCUGCUGUCGACGGAGCGCGAGGGCUUCUACGCGGCGGCCGGGUGCCGGCGGAGGCUGGAGGCGGCGCUGCGGGCGCAAGGCUGGCUGGCCGAGCUGGGGGCGGCGGUGCGGGGCGGCGCGGGCUACGGCCCCUCGCGCCCCGGCGCCCCCGAGCUCCGGCAUUUCCUCUACAAGCCGCUGGAGGGGCCCGAGGAGAUGCAGCAGCUGCCGCAGUUCACGAGCCCCGAGCUGGAGGAGCCGUACGGCACGGAGGAGGAGCAGCAGCGCCUCUUCGACCUCUACCACUACCUGCACAGCCGCGUGCACUGCCCCCGGCGGCCCCUGCGCCUGCUCUACCACGUGGCCGAGAAGGAGACGCUGCUGGCCUGGGUGACGAGCAAGUUCGAGCUGUACGGCUGCUUCGGCCCGCUGGUGACCAAGGCGGGGGCCAUCGGCGCGCUCACCAAGCUGCUGCGCUGGAUCAAGAAGGAGGAGGACUGGCUGUUCAUCCGCUACCCGCCGCCAUACUGCGCCGCCCCCGCGCGCCCCGAGGAGGCCGAGGGCUGAGGCUCGGACCCCCCCCCC